AUGGCUCCCAAACGGCCUCAUGACACAGAAGAAUCCGGAGCAGAAGCCAAAAAGGCCAAGCGUGGCUUCAGAGUCGGACCAGAUAACUUACCUGACGGGCCCUGGCGACGAAAAGUAACCAAAAUCAAGAAAGAUCUCAUCCAAAAAGCCAAAGUCAAAAAAGAAUAUGCCAAAAUAAAAGCCCGCGAGCAGCAAGAGCACAACGAUGCAGAAAACUCACAUGACGAGGCUGCCGCGGAGGAUGAAACACAGGAGAAAAUGCACCCCACGCGGGAACUCAUGCUCAAGGAUGAAGAGAUGGCACAGGCAGGCGCGGAGGCAUCUGCUGAUCCUGCGAGCGAUGGGAUGAGGCGACGUACCAGGCGCCCCGGGUACUAUGACAAGCAGCUCAGGAAGGCGGAGGAGCGGAAGAAGGAAUCUGACGAGAGGGCUCAGGAGUUUCAGCGGAGGAGGGAGGAGAGAGAGAGGAAGAUUGCGGAGCGGGAGCGGUUUAAGAAGGCUAUGGCUAAGACGGUGGGGAGGGAUGGGAAGAAGAAGCUGGGGAGGGAGAGUACCAUAUUGCUGGAUAAGGUGAAGAGGAUGAUGGAGAAGUGA